AUGGCGUCCAUGACGUCCCUUCUGGCGGUUCUCCACCUGGCCACCCUGGCCGACAUCCUCAAGCGCAUUACCUUGGUUGGCAAGACCACCACCAUGACGACCGCCGAGGCCAGCACCGCCGACGCUGCACCCUCUGCUGCCGCCACGUCCCCGGCGCCCCUGCCCUGCGCAAACGAGUGCGCGUCGACGGACGCCUCCACCCCCGACCACGUCCCGCACGCCGCCGCCGCUGACGCACCCCCGGCCUCCAAGGCCGGCUGGUUUGUGCGCGCGGUGUCCGGCCUCAAGGACAAGUGGCGCGCCGUGACAGUCGCCGCCGCCACCAAGGCCCCUGCUACCCCCAAGACGCACGCGCCCACGCCGCGCGCCGCCAGCGCCACCUCCACUUCCAGCCGGAGCACCACCACCGCCCAGGUCACCGCCGCAGCCCCGGCUGGUGACACCGCCUCCGCCCCCGAGGCCCCCAAGAAAGCCAGCUGGCUUGCGCGCACCUUUGCCGCCGCAAAGGCCAAGUGCGGCGCUGCGAGUGACUCUGCAGCGGCCUCGUGGCGCGCGACCGCCGCCAAGGCCUCGGCCGCCCUCACCCCCAAGCGCAACGCGUCGCUGAAGAAGUGCCGCAGCGUCAAGGCUGACGCCGCGAACUCCUGCCUGCUCUCCAGUCCUGCGGUCGUUGCCCCCAUUGCCGGCCCCAACGGCAACGUCACUUCCAACUCUGCCACCGCUGACGACGCCGCCGUGCUGGUGACCAUCAACGCCUCCACCGCCAGCGAGCUCGCUGCGGCAGCCCUCAAGCCCAGCCCAAAGGCUGACACAACGGCCCCCGCCGAGGCGCGCUCCGGCCUCUCGGCCAAGGCCUGCGACGCCGAGCCCGUCACCGCCACCACCGCCCACAAGGGGCGCAUCGGGGCGGCGUUGAAGGCCAAGCUUGCACGCCUGUCGUCGCGCCGCAGCCGCAGCCGCCCUGACCAGGCGGCGGCGACAGAGGCGAUUGGGGGCGAGGCAGCUAGCGCCCGUUGA